CAUUGACGCCUCCUCUGUAUAACUAUGUAGUCAUGUUUAUGACGAGCCAUACGACACGAUAGUUUAAAGCACGAAGUGUGGAAAUUUUAAACUAUCCUCUGGUAUCCCUGUUUACAGCUAGCAACACCGCGUGCCUAUGUCCGCCAUUAUGUUUUUUCGUGCGAUACGAUUACGACUAGUGUCUUAAAAAGUAAUUAAAAUAUCUAGUGUAAGAACAUAAAAUGAACAGAAGAAAAUUGAAGAAGUUGUUGGAUAUCCUCGAUUACGAUUCGGAUGAAGCCCCUCGAACAGAUCGAAAAAAUCGAAUAAUAAGUUCGAGUGAUGAGGAUGAAGAACCACCUAAGAAGAAACGGAAGCGUAUUUUGCCUAUUGAAGAAUCUGAUGAUGAACAAGCUGAUGAAAAUAAAGAGAACAUCUUGCAAUUAAUUGGAGAGCCAGAUAUAAAAAAGAAUGUAAUUUCCAUUAACCCAAAAUUAGCGGAACUGUGGCAAAAUAUAAUACAGAAAGGAUUGGAUAAAGAAGGCAAAAAGAAAUUGGAAGAAAAAAUUCCCUCAAUAGAGAACUGCUUCGUUCAAGCCCCGACAUUAAAUGAGGAAAUUGAAAUAACACUAAACAAAAAUGCUAAAACCAGAGAUCAAAAACUGUGCGAAAAACAGACCCAAAUUGGGUUAGUUAUUGCUAACUUAAAUAAAAUGUUAAAAGAGCUAAUUAAUAAAAAUGAUAAAGAACAUGUGGAAAUGCUAGGUGACUCUAUAAGACUAUUAGCUGACCUCCACUACCUAGAAACCGAAACCAGAAAGGCAGUUAUUCUACCGGGCUUAAACAAGGCACUCAAGGAAACAUUAGAAAAAACGCAAACCACUACUUUCCUCUUCGGAAAUGAUUUACAUAAAAUCAUUAAGAAAAGUAAAGAAAUGGAAAAGUCUGUCAAGGAUAUUCAACAGAAUAAAGGUUUAAACUUUUGGAGCCCGUCCUCCACCAACAAUCAAAUGCAGGGCGGGCCAAGAAAAAAUUACCUAAGCAAAAUAAGAAUGUAUCAAAGAAAUUACUACCGGAACACAGCAGCAGCAGCAGCAGCAGCAGUCGGUCAACCCCGGAGAACCCAACGACAGUGGUCACCUCGUCGUCCAGUUCGAGGCAGACGUCACCACCUUCAUCGCCGAGACCACAAGAAAUAGCCGAGGUAUGUGUGGCUGGACGACUAACAUAUUUCUUUGACAAGUGGUCCAAAUUUAUUAAAAACAAAACAGUCCUCGAAUGGGUUCAUAAAGGUUACGAAAUACCUUUAAUAUCAACACCUAACCAGAAACAUAUACCAAAAAAUGAAAAGUUCACUUCUACAGAGAAACAAAUAAUUCAUGACUCAUUAAAUAAAUUAUUGAAAAUAGGGGCAGUAAAGUACUGUAAACCUGUAAAUAAUCAAUAUUUAUCAAAAAUAUUUUUUGUCCCAAAGCCAGAUGGAACAGCUCGAUUUAUCUUAAAUCUAAAAUCCUUUAAUAAACAUGUACUUACACAACACUUCAAAAUGGAAGAUAUUAGAACUGCCAUUAAAUUAAUCAACAGGGAGUCUUACCUUGCCUCCCUGGAUCUUCAGGAUGCUUACUUCUGUUUAAGAAUUCACACAAAUUCCAAAAAAUAUUUAAGAUUUCUUUUUGACAACAAUAUGUACGAAUUUCAGGUACUUCCAUUUGGUCUCUCCUCUGCUCCUUAUGUCUUCACCAAGUUGAUAAAACCUAUAACAACUUACCUCAGGGAACAAGGUCUACUUUCAGUCAAUUAUUUGGAUGACUUUUUAUUUAUUGGGAACUCACAGAUUGAAUGCUCUCAUAAUAUUUUAACCAGCCAAAACUUAAUAGAAUCAUUGGGUUUUAUAAUAAAUAAAGAAAAAAGUAACAUACAUCCCUCAAAGCAAUGUAAAUUUUUAGGUUUUGUUUUAGAUUGUUCUAAGUAUUGCGUAUCAUUACCAAACGAAAAACGCACCAACAUAUAUAAUAAAAUAAAAUCAUUCAUCCGUCUCAAACAUACUACUAUAAGAUCUUUUGCAUCGCUAAUUGGUAUUUUAAUAUCGAUUUGCCCUGCUGUUCCAUAUGGCCUAAUGUAUACAAAACGAUUGGAACGCCAUAAAUUUCUUAAUCUUACAAAGAAUGACAAUAAUUUUGAGGCUAAAAUGGUACUUACUUAUGAAGUAAAAGAGGAUUUAAAAUGGUGGAAAAAACAUGUCUGUUUGGCUAGUAAUCCUAUUAGGGAAGGUAUUCACAAAAUUGAGAUAUUCACAGACUCUUCUCGAACUGGUUGGGGUAUUGUAUGUGGUUCUAAAAGGUUACACGGUUUUUGGAAUAGAGAGGAUAGGAAAUCACACAUAAAUUAUUUAGAAUUAAAAGCUAUAUAUUUUGGCCUACAGUGCUUUGCUAAAGAUCUAAGAAAUUGUGAAAUUUUAUUGCGUUGUGACAACACAACUGCAAUAUCAUACAUUAAUCGAUAUGGAGGGAUUCAGCACAAACAUUUAAAUGAUCUUACCCGUCAAAUAUGGAAAUUUUGUGAAUUAAGAAAAUUAUAUAUAUUUGCUUCUUAUAUAGCUUCUAAAGAUAAUUACAUAGCAGAUAGAGAGUCGAGAAAUACUAACGAACAAACUGAAUGGCAGCUAUGCAAUGACGCAUUUAACAAAAUCAAAUUAAAAUUUGGAUGCCCAGCAAUUGAUUUAUUUGCAUCAAGAGAAAAUGCUAAAUGUAAAAGGUUUAUUUCUUGGCAUAUCGAACCUAAUUGCUGGGCAGUAGACGCUUUUACAGUUUCAUGGACAAAUUUAAAAUUUUAUGCUUUCCCACCAUUUUCUCUCAUUUUAAAAUGUUUAAAAAAGAUUGAAAUCGAUAAAGCAGAAGGAAUAGUGGUAGUUCCCUUGUGGCCGUCUCAAGCUUGGUUUCCUAUAUUUAUGUCUUUAAAAAAGUCACCCAUAUUGAAAUUUUACCCAAAUAGGUCAUUGUUAUCAUCUCCUUUCAGGGACCACCAUCCACUACACCAGAACCUUACACUGAUUGCCGCAGUAUUAUCAGCAAAGUCUACUUAAGAAAAGGAUUAACCUGUGAAAGUAUCAAUAUAAUUUUAAAUUCAUUAUCAGAUAAUACAAUAAACCAAUAUAAUUCAUGUUUAAAACAA